AUGCUGGCUGGGCAAGCCCUCGCGUUCUUGGGCCUGACCUGGGGCACUUUCCAGAGCCUGGCCAUCCCCCGGAUUACAGAAUGUGGCCUCUCCUGUUCUCAGGGCUUUGCCUGCAGGAGCCACAGGAACCGGAACAUUUUUAACAGCUUCUGCCGGCCACGCCCCGUGUCCAUGUCCAGGUCAGUCCUGGAGGCCCUGACGUCCUCCACUGCCAUGCAGUGUGUCCCCCCUGACGGCUGCUCGAUGCUCCUGCUUGUACGCGCCUCCAUCAACCUGCAUGAGCGCCUGCGGGGCCUGGAGGCCUGUGCCAUCAGCCUGGACACCCAGGAGACGCAGUGUCAGAGUGUGUGGGUGGCCAGGGCCUCCCACCGGCAGCAGGUGGGGCAGCAGCUCCAGGUGCACUUUGGCUGCUUUGCAGUGAGUGUGGCCCAGCACCUCUACGUCACCCUGAGGACCAUCCCUCAUUUCUGCGGGGUCCAGCUGGACCAGAGGCACCUCGUGGAAGACUGCGGAGAGGAGGACGUGGGGAGGAGCGUGCCCGACUGCCUUGCGGGGAAGCUCAGCUACUGGGUGGACCGGAGGCGCAAGGCGAUUCUGGUGCAGGUGCCCAGGGCCUCCGGGAGCCCCGACUACUACGUGCGGCUCUGCCUCAAGCGGUUCACCUGCGAGGACGCCGGUGCCCCUGUGCAAGUGACCGCCAACAGCGUCUCCCAGGCCGUCUCCCUGCCCUACAGCCAGGAGCUGCCGUGCUUGUGCCUGGAGGGCUGGUCUGCGACCCCUGACGCGGUGAGGAUCCAGAUCUGCCCCUUUGAAAACGACACUGAGGCACUGGAGGUGCUGUGGGACACGGUCUACUACCACCCGGGGAGCCAGACACUGAGCUGGGAGCCCGCCUGCCCUGUGAGUGGCCAUGUGAGCCUGUGCUGGCGCCCGGGGCCCGGGGCCGGCUGCCGUAAGCUGCAGCAAUCCAGCCAGCUGGUGCAUCGCAGAGUGCAGUACCCGCUGGUGGACACCCAGCCCCAGCUCUGCCUGAAGUUCUCCACCAGUUGGGGGUCCUGGGUGCGGUGCCCUUUCGAACAGCGUCGCUUCCCAACCUGGAAAAUGACCAUCCAGCCUUCGCCCACAAAGGGCCACCUCCGGGCCACCUUCUUCUCGUCCAGCCCCGCCCACUUCCAGGUGCACCUGUGUCACAGGAGGAAGUCACAGCUCCCUGCCUGCCAACGCACACUCCAGGCCAGCCCGCUCCCUUCAGCCUCAGGUGACCUGGCAGCCGCCCCUGCCUUUGCCUUCCUGGACCUUCCCAAGGAGGAGGUCUGUGCCCCAGGCAUCUGCAUCCAGGGCUGGAGGACCGAUGUACACUUCUCCGUUCCCCAGCAGCUCUGCAACCUCCGCUCCAGUGGGUGCCCAGCUCUUAGGGGCCGCAAGAGGCUGAGGACUAGACCCAGGCCUCCUACGGCAGCCUGGGCAUGGCGUGCACUGAACAGGAGACUGGGUGGGGGAAACGGGGAGACCAUCCGGCCCUGA